CUCAUCUGGACUGUUUUCUGUGCAUCUGUAUGUCAGCGCUACCUAAUGUCCCAUUAUCGCUUGUCUGUUUCUGUUGCCUAGGGGAGCUGUAUUUCCUGGCGACCUCUUACCCAAGUGCCUAUGCGCCACACGGAUCUAUUUACAAAUUUGUUGACCCCUCAAGGCGAGCACCCCCAGGCAAGUGCAAAUACAAGCCAGUGCCGGUGAGAACCAAGAGUAAGGGGAUCCCAUUCAGACCACUUGCCAAGGCAGUUUUGGACUUGCUAAAGGAGCAAUCAGAGAAAGCUGCUAGAAAAUCUUCCAACGCAGCCUUAGCUUCCAGCCCAUCCCAGGGUUUGUCUGAGAAAGGCUCCUCCAAGAAGCUGGCUUCUCUGGCAAGUGGCAAGGAAACAUUGCGAGGUCUGGGUACAAAGAAGAAAGCCAGAGUGGGGCCCCAGGGCCCCCAGGGCAAGAGGAGGAAGAGCCUGAAAAGCCACGGUGGCAGGAUGAGGCCAUCAGCAGAGCAGAGGCGAGCUGGCAGAAGUCUUCCUUGACCUGUUGGUUAAGGUGGCCAACAGGGCGACGUGAGAGAGGAGAGCCACCUCAUCAAAUCAAAGUCACUGCUGAAUAAACACGUUAGAAGUCUGGAAAGCCAGGGUGGAGGUGGGGCAGGGUGGUUUUCCUCUCCUUGGGAAAUGCACCUUCUCUGUAUGCAGUGCUUCUAUAGGAGACCUUACCCCAGAUCGCCAGUGCACCUGGGUUAUUGUGUGUGCUAGUCCAUAAGCCUGCUUGGAAUCACACUGGAUAUCUCCAUUUUGUCUUAUAAAUGCCUACAACCUGAGUUAAUAAAUCAACAUUUGCUCAAACUGA